UCAAAAUUGGAAUGUCCACAAAAUUUGUUGCAAAUGUCGUUAUCUCGUUUUCAAUUUUUCACAUACGUUGAUAAAUCGGAGUUUUAAAUUAAAGGACUUAUAUUAAUAAUCACUUGUAAAACAGGAUAAGAAGGACUAUGGUGGAGCGUGCUCCACAGACAAAACAGGACGAACAAUAUCCAUUGCUGAAAGUGGACGGAGGAGGCGGCGAUGGCGGGGGGCACACUCCGCCGUCGCCGGCCCUGGCCACACCCGGCUGGGGUGUAGCAUGCUCUCCUAAACAAUCAUGGCUUGUACGAUGGCCAGAAUAUAUUUCGGCCUGCUGGAUGACUUUGAUCUUAUUGGGGAUAUCAUUCUUAGUGUUUUAUGCAUUGGGAAUGGAAGCGUAUCGGAGGCAGCCAGUAUUGAUCAUGAAGUGCAACUCUUCUAAGCCAGCAAGUGAUGUAUACUACCAUCACAUAGUGCAACGAGGAACCUAUCCACCAUUUAUGAUUUACUCUGAGUAUCUCUCAAGCAUGGCGACUCAGUAUCCAUCUCUGCAUUUCCAUGUAAUAUUUUUAAUAGACGAUUCCUUACAAACUGCGUACAGGGGACCAAGGCACACGAGAUUGAUCAAUCACCUGAUUUAUCCUACGGCGACGUUUUAUUCGUCUUAUCAAAGACUCGAUGAUAACAGUAAGCGUGAUCUUACGGAAUUUCAGAGGAAAUAUCAGAAUGUUAACAUAACUGUUAUGUCUCUUACAAAAUACAUGGCUAUGACUCCUUUGAAGUAUAAGUGGAGGAAUAUACCCUUGAGCUUCCUACCGUUUUAUGCUAGGAUUUUCUCAGUAUGGCAAAACGGAGGAGUGGGUAUGGAUUUGAAUGCGUUCAAUAAUAAUUUCAACAGUCGCUUGCAUGUCGAUCGAAGGAUUUCCGCUAUUCUUAAACAGCACAACGACGGCAUUAACGUUGAAGAUUACACUAAUGCUCUGAAUAAAAUCGACCGCGAGGAAGAAAAUGAGUUAUUCACUGUGUUAUACGACAUUAUCCACCAGAUUUUUAAUGGGACAAGAACGUUGUUAUCGAAAUCUUGCCCUUUCCUUCAAAUGACAACCGAAAAAGGUGUGACGGUUAAUGAGCCUUUGAUCCGUUCAAACAGAAAUAAACGAGAGGUGCAGGCGCCAAUAAACGAUACCACUCAUAAAACUGACAUAUCCAAGGUAUAUGUGGAAAUAUUGAACUCAACGAACGACACUGAUUAUAGAAAGAACGAGUACCAAACAUUACCGAAUCUCGACGUUAACACUGAUAAAAUCACGGUGAACACUAAUGAACCCAUCAAAGCAGUAGAAAUAUCUAACUCGACGAAUAUCGAUGUCGUAAAUAAAUUGGAAGGAUCAAACAAGUCUGAAACCUUGAAUAAAUCUGACACUCGGCAACUGGUGAUGUUCUAUGAUUUUUCGGUAUUUUCCGAUGGCUUGGCUCCUUCGUACCUAUUUCAAGUAUCCGAUAAUUAUGGGAAGCCUGUUAAGUACGCGACCCCUACUCAUCUUCUUUCUCUCGACUAUGAAGGUUUGUUUGUGGCGGCUUCGUCCAAACUGCAUCCGUUUUUAUGCCACUUAAUCUCCGCCGGUUGUCAACGUAUGCAGCCUAAAUUUGCCAUUCAAGUGACGCACCUAACGCAAUGUUCGGGCAUGUUCAGGGAAGAUACUUACUGCAACAAUAUUUAUUUACUUUAGUUAUAAUUUCUUGUUUAUGUAAAUGUUUGUUACUUAUUCUUCUAUUUGUUUCUUGUAUUUUCAAAUGUUUCACUCAAUUAGCGUGGAAAAAUGUACUGAAUUUAGACAAUUUUAGUAUUAAAAUGUUCUAUUAUAAAUAAU